AACCAGCAUGUCCCUCCCUACCUCCCUCAUCGAUUUUCCCUGCAUAGUCUGACAAAGCAAUCUUCAUUAAUCCAAAACAAAAAAUAAAAUGGAAUUGGAAUUAUCACGAGUCGAUUAUACUAUUGUGGGCAUUACGUCUCAAAACUGCCUCAAACUCCUGCCACCAAGCGCGUCGAAAGAACCCCAAAAGGUUGCAGUAGCUGACAGUGACGGAAUUUUACAAAUAUUCUCAGUCAAGAAAGAGGAUAUUCAAUUACAUUUUAAAACAUUGCCAGGACCUAAAAUAUCGUCCUUGCAACUAGGUGGCGCUCACGGGAGCUCAAGCGAUAAAAUAUUUAUUGCUGCGGAAAAUGAAAUAAGGGGGUACACCAAAAAAGGGAAACUGUUUCUGACUUUUGACCCAGGAAUGACUGAACCCGUCUCGUCAAUGUUUGUUUUGGGCAACGAUUUAUUUUUGUGCGGCAAACACAUCUACAAUCACUUCAGGGAUUGUAAAGAUGUGGGUUCGUAUUUAUGUGGUGAUCAAAUCGUCGACGUAAUCGCGUUUUAUGCUGACAAGACUCGUAGGCUUAUGUCCUUGAUUGCGUGUGAAGGACGAAUGAUACGAGCCUUGGAACAUGCAAGGGUCACUCUGAGUAUGGAGGUUGAGAGUGCACCAACUCUUCUUCAUGUCCUUGAACAGGAUGGUACCAAGACAGUGCUGUUUGGUACCGUGGACGGCCGAAUUGGGAUUCUAGACGUGGAAAAAUUGCACGGCUUUGACCGCUGGCUUAUCGACAAUUCCUCAAACUCGAGUACCAUCUCGUGCGUGGACUCUUACGACAUGACCAGCAGCGGUACCAAAAACCUGAUUUUAGGGCGCCAAGAUGGCACCAUUGAAGUAUACGUUAUCAAUGUAAAUGAUAAUUUAGACGCCCCAAUCCUGAUUUAUUCCCAUAAUUGCAACGAAAGUGUUUCAUCAUUGCAAUGUGGGGUCAUCGGAACCCAAGGUUUCGACGAAGUGUUGGUGGUGACCUACACUGGCCGAAUUUUCGGCCUCACCACGGAGGCAGUUGACAAAAGCGUAGCUGACAACACCAUGGGCAAUUACAUUUUUUCGCAAGAUACGGGGAACAAAAUCAACAAAUUGAAGAGCGAAAUUGAGGACUUGCAAGUCAAAGUGGCCAAAGAACGAGAGAAAUAUCAAAACUCGACCCAAUCUUUCUUCGAGGAGUUGUCGGCAAUUCCCUUGCUUUCAGUCAAAGAUUCAUUCGUGUUAUCUAAAGACACAGCGACUUAUACCUUGACUUUAGAGGUUCCAACGGCUAUCGACAAUAUUCUCCUGCAAAGCAACGUCGCUAUCGACUUGCUAGACGUGGAGAAAAAUUCGGCCGUGAUCAGUUACAGCGAUGCGGAUCACGCCAUCGGAAAUUUUUUACUGGCCACUUACCGGUGUCAGGUCAAUACCAACCGGCUCGAAAUUAAAAUUAGAACCAUUGAGGGUCAACACGGUCUUCUCCACGCUUAUGUCACGCCUCUGGUCCAACCAAAAUGUAGCAGGCUUAUACAGUUCGAAAUUAAACCGCUUUCUUUGCAUUACAGGAUUCACAAAUUUGACGAGAGUCGAUUGUUUAACACUUUGACAAUCACCGGUACUUUCAGUUUGGCCGAAAUGCACACUUGGGUGUCGCAAAGUUUGCCCGAAGUACCCGAAAAGCCCCAAUUUGGGGAAAAUACGGUGCUGUAUUUCCAGUCGACUUUUUUCGGAACCAUCUUACAGUGCUCCUACCAGAAAGGAGAAGCGUUCUUUAAAUCUGAUAACGUGUCAACAAUCUCUAUUUUGAAAGAAUUUCUAACGGUGGAAGCCACAAAGAAAAAAAUUAAAAUUAGCAUUAGCUCAAAUAUCAACGAUGAAAGUAUUAAUCAUGUAAUUAAGCUGAUCGAACCAAAGUUAAUUAAGCAGAAGGAUUUGAAUAACGAUAUUAAGUUGUUGAACGCUUUGAAUGAGUUAGAAGUGACAGAAGAAGAAAACAGGACUUGUUUGUCGGAAAAGUACCGAAAUUUGUUGGCUAAUGAAAAAGAACUAAGGAAGGAGUUUCAGAGCCAACCUGAUUAUUUAGAUCGUCUUUAUGGUAUUGUUACUGACUUAUACAUUGAUUACAACAAGUUCAAGGGGUGCAACGUAAAAUCGAAAUUAGCGACUCUCCGGGAGAUCCUUGAUGAGUACUCUUAUGAUGCCUUGAUACAAUUUUUCCGCCCAGAAUUGUCUAAAUAGCAUUGGAAAAUAUUAUGAUUACUCAGUCGAAUGUGCAUUUUCAAUGUCGUUGUUUCUGUUUAUUUAAAUAAAAAUUUGCUUAGUG